AUGCCACUGCGCUCAGAGAUGAGCCGCAACCUGAGCUCGUUCGAUACACGUGGCGGCCGCGCUGCGGCGGCCGAGCAGGCCCCGGGUGCCCCGGCGGCUCGUGGCCGGGGCCCGCAGCACGCCGCGGGUGCAGAAGUGCUUUGGGCCAGCGUUCCUGCUGAGGCUGCAUCGCGUUCGACCAUCUUGGCGCCGCAGGCCGCGCCGCUCCCCGCCCGGCCGCUGCGCCGCGCCGCGGCGCUGCUCGCCCGCCUGCCGCCCGAGCGGCGCCGCGCGGCCAUCCAGCGCAUGUCGCAGGGACUACGCGAAGCUCUGAUCUGCUUGAUGAAGGCGGAGCCCGGCGCGGCAGCGGCUGGGCCCGCCGCUGGGAGGAGGGCCUGCCGCCGUGGCGGCAGCAGCCGCGCGUGCCACGGCAAGUCUGGCGCAGGCGACCAGACGGCGCGAGAGAGGCGGGCCACGUGCAAGGUGGGCGUGAUCCGCACCGCCUGGGGCCCGCGCCACUUCGCGCGCAUCACGAUCGACGGCAUCGCCAUCGCCUCGCAGUGCACUCGGAGCUACCAGGACGCCUGGUGUUUCCAGCAGCGCCUGCUCCGGCUCCGGAGCGCCCUGGCCGAGGAGGGGCGGCGGCGGCGCCGGCGCGGCAGGCGGCUGCCGAGGCGGGGCAGCCGCCAGCGCCCGCGGGCUCGGGGAAGGCGAAGCGCAUCUGGCGAGAGGCCGCCGCCUCGGAGCCCAUCGACAACGGCUUCCACGCCUACAAGGCCGACCCGCUGGACCACGCGGAGACGGACACGCGCGCGUACGAGCACCUGCGGCCGCUGA